AUGUCCACCGUGGCUACCCGGCUAGAAUCUCGCAAGUCGCUCCUUGGAGCUGACACCGGCUUCGGAUACGGAGGCCAUUCAUACAACAACUCCUACGGAGAUGAUAGUUACGCUCCGUCUCCAGUUCCAUCUCCACAGCCUAUUCCUCAGCCUGCCGCAUUCGCCCAGCCCAACUUCGCUGAGGCCGGAGUUGAUCCCGCAUACAACCAGGGUUUCGCCUAUAGAGAAGGUCUUACCCCUUCAGUUCCCGCGCAAAGUAUGAAGAAUGGCAAGAUCGAUUUUAUGAAGAGCCGAUGGCCUGCUUCCUUCAUGGCUGUUUCUCUUCUCCAGGCUAUUCUGUGCAUUUGCUUUGAGGCCUAUGUAUUCGGCAAGUUCCAGGUCAACCUUGGCACCCAUAUCAGCGCUCCCCAGGUCCAAUCUCAAUACAAGACUAUCCCGACUUUCUUGACGCUUUUCAUUUUCGGUUUCCUUUACACCCUUGUUGUCGUCUGGGAUGCUCUCCGACAAAAGAACACCAUUCAAGUCAUUGGUGUCUGCUUCUCUAAUCUCGCCCUCAUGGUUUAUACGACUAUCCAGGUUGAUCAAAUUUCCGAGGCCUUCGAUAUUCUCGAGCAGAGCAAUGCUCUCAAGCGUGGCAUGACUGCUGCCGAGCUUUGGCACGAUGUGAAGCCUUAUCUGGUGGCUAUCCCUGCCAUCAUCGCCCUCGCUACCCUUGUCAUGGGCUUCCUUUCGUGGAAGAUUUAUCAGGAGUAUGCUUGGGAUAUUCUCAAGAACAUUGGUGCCGAUUAUCGCAUGAAGAAGCGAUUCCUUCACUACCAGAUUUAUAUCGCUCUUCUCAAGUUCGAUUUCUUCUUCUUCCUAGGCUUCAUUGUUCAGUUUGUUGUCGUCGUUGCCGACAAGGAUGACCCUGAAUUCGCCCUAACUAUCGUCACCAUUCCUAUUACCAUUCUCAUCCUUCUCGCUGCCGCUUUCUUCACUCGACGAGAGAACAAGAUCGGCAUGGUCUGCAUCAUCAUCCUCUAUCUCGGAGGCCUCAGCUACUUCAUCUUCAAGCUUGUACGAAUCUACCAGCCCGGACACCGACAAAACUACGAAGCCGUUCGUCGAUCGUUGACCGCCUUUGCUGUUAUCACCAUUCUUCUUAUCCUUCUCACCAUUACCAACGCCAUCAUGUGCAUGCGAAACUUUGGCAAGGGUCUGAAGCCCCAUCUGCAGUCUUUGUCUCGAAAGCGCAAGGUCGAGGAGAAGCCUGACAUCAACUCAAUCAACAUGCAAGAUGUCAAGCCUCAAAUCCCCAGCCGAAUGACCAUUGAUUAA